AUGCCGGCAACGGAAAAGGAGCCGGUCAAGAAGCCACCCCGGGGCACGACACGAGACGGCGGCGGCGGCGUCGGCGGCGACCCCGCGGCGGGGAGGGGGAGCGGAGGAGGAGGGGGGGCAGAGGCCGGGCGGUGGGCGGUGGGCGCGGUGCGCGGAGGCCUGGUGUACUACCACUGCGCGGUGCGGCGCGCCAGCGCGGUGUCCCUCGCCGCCGACGUGCUCCUCGUCCUCCUCUGCUCGCUCUCCAUCCUCGGCCUACUCUUCCGGCACCUCCAAAUCUCGGUGCCUGUGGAUCCUCUUGAAUGGCAGAUUUCUCAGGAAAUGGCAAAUAGCAUAGUUGCAUCCUUGGCUAAUACCAUAGGUGCUGCUGAGUCUGUGUUAAGGGUGGCUGCAACUGGACAUGACAAGAAGCUGUUUUUCAAGGUGUUUUUUACAUUGUAUUUUCUAGCAGCUUUGGGAAGAGUGGUGUCAGGAGCUGCAGUUGCUUAUGCUGCACUAUGCAUCUUCUGCCUCUAUAUGUUUGCACAAAGCACCGAUCUGUUUGAUCAACUUCCUUCCUGGGGACCUGUGGGAAGGGAUUCAUUGGGCAGUGCUCAGGAUACCGCGUGAUUACCACAUGUACAUGAACUACAGUGCUCUUCUUUUCCCCCCCUUAUGUACAUGGUCCUGCAAUAGCUUGAACUAUGGCAUCUAUGGCGACUGUACUCGAUGUUUUACCAACUGUGGUGUUACUACCUCUGUAUAUCAUGAUACGUUACCAACUUGCUAAUGAUGUCCCGUGUAUGUUACUGCCUAGCUAA